UAAAUCGUACUGCGCAUGCGUGACUCGUCAUCUCUGUUAUUUUUCGCAGCGAACUGCUCACUUAUCGCUGGAAAAUUGAUCCCACUUUUGGGAUCGGAGUUCGGUGUGGUUCGGUGGAGUUCGGUCUCCUUCCCUCUUACUUCGUGCUUUUCGGAAAGACCAUGCGGUACCACUUGUAAGACACAAAAAUUUCUAUAUGUAAGAACAUCAAUUGGUGUGAGGGUUACCUUUGUAAAACGUAUAAAUGGUCCAGAGGUUUCCGUACCGUAUAGCGUCUACACUGACGUUAAUAAAUCAAAAUCAAGUAAACCAAAAAAAUCACUGCAUAAAAGAGUUGAUGGUCGAGAGCAUAAGGAUCUCAGAAAAAUUUUUGUCAAAACUGGUGUUAUCAGCCAAGCAAAAGGAUCAGCCUACAUAGAGGUUGGAAUUACAAAAGUGGUAUGUUCAGUAUUUGACCCGAGGGAAAUUCCAAACAAGAAUGAAUACAGUUUACAAGGUGAACUCUUUUGCGAGUUUAAAUACGCCCCAUUUGCCUGUGCAAAGAGACGAAUACACCAACAAGAUGCGGAGGAAAAGGAAUUCAGUCUCGUUAUGCAACGAUCACUAGAACCAGCUGUUUGCAGGCAAGAGUUCCCAAAUUUUCAAGUCGACGUGUAUGCUCUGGUCCUCGACAACGGUGGCUCCUCUUUAGCAGCAGCCAUAAUGUGUGCCAGUCUUGCAUUAGCAGAUGCAAGUGUCCCCAUGUUUGGUCUGGUUACUGCAGUUUCCGCAGGGUUCUAUAAAGAUACAAUGUUUUUGGAUCUGACAGUGGAGGAAGAGGUACUUUGUAAUUCUGCACCAGCAAAGCCAAACCCAUCCAAUAACCAUGGACUGAUCAUGCAAGCUGCUUUACCGCAACAUGACCAGAUUUCAGAGUUUUUUCUCGUUGGAAGCAUUAACAUAGAUUGCAUAAAACAAGCUAUCGAAACCCUCACUGUAGCUAAUAAGAAUAUAUGUCCAGUUGUUCAGCAAUGUUUAGUCAAAACUGUCCUCAGAGCUUUAAAGCGAAAGGAACAGGAAAAAAAUUAAAUAAAAACAUGAUUAGAAAUGAA